UCCCGCCGUUUUCUUUACUUCUACGCGACUCAACGACGAAGUAACAGCAGCACCUUGAGCAACAGUAGCAGUAAUACUAUCAAAUAGUACUAGUAAAAAAAUCACUGCCUAUACAUUUGUCUAAGAAGAUAUAAAACUUAAAGUAUAGAUUUAAUUGAAUUUUAAACUGUAAAGAUUGGUUUUGUUAAAGUAACAUUUGUUGUUAUUUUCUUCACAUAAUUUAAUAUUUUAGUGAAGAUUGUUUAGUCAACUGGAUUUUAUAUUCGGUCCCAGAUACACUUAAGAGUUGGGACUAAUUUAUAUAUUCAAAAUGGAUCGAAAAGAAGAAUCAGCAUCACGCGAAGAAAGCAUAACUGAUAGAAUGACUCAGCACGCAAAAAAAAAUCCUUUUUUGAUGGCUGGUUUUGCAAGUUUAAUAGCAGCUUGUGUAAUAGGUGCUUAUAAAUUCAAACAUCGAGGAAAUAUGCCAGUAUCUCUCUACCUCUUGCAAUUUCGAGUUCUGGCACAAGGUUCAGUAAUUGGUUGCAUAAGUGCUGGAAUGCUUUAUCAUAUGGUCAAUGAACAUGUUUUACACAAAGGGAAAAAAGAAUGAUGAAAAUUAUUUAUGUAGAAUAUUUAUUUGUAACAUUAGUUGCUAAUAUAUUGUACUAAAAACUUCUACAGACGAGUUGUUCACAGAAGCAAUUAACUCCAGUUUUAUAAAUUUUACAAAGUUUAUUAUCAACGCUUUUAACUUAACUUUUUUUAUGUAAAUUAAAUUUCUUUAAUAAUUUUUGGCGUAACAUCACUUAAUGAGAACAAUUUUUAUGACUAUUAAAUAAUAAAUGAAACGACAGUGUGUAAUACUCUAUCAAUUUUCUCGACUUUUUGUUCUAUGGAGUUAAUUAAUUUAACAAAUGAAUGGCUCAGAUAUUUUUUUAUCUAUUACAAUUAAUCUGAAAUACAUGAAGCAAAAAAAGCUAAAUGUGAUAUUCAUAUACUAUUAUUGUUAGAAUUUGAAUACUUUUGGCUGGCUCCAAUAACUAUAAAAUAAUAUAAAUUAUACUUUAUUUUGCUACAGAUAUAAGUAUUUUACGCAACAAAAAGAUCUUUUUGAAUCAAAUAUUUGAUUUAGAAAGAUCAUUAAAGUAAUAGUACUCGUAUAUUAUAUACCUUAUGUACCUCAAGUAAACAUAGCCCUAUUAUGAUAAUUGAGUUUGAAAACAACGUAAUUCAUAGUAAUUUAAAGUUAACAAAAAAAAAUGUAGCAUUAAUAAACUAUUUGAUGUUAUAUUAGCAAA